UUGUCAUCACGUACAGCCGCGGAUGAGAGGAGAGGGGACGGGAAGGGAGGGGGUGUUCAGCCGGUCUCUCCUCCCUCUGCUGCAGCGGCCAUGCUACUGUCCGCCGCCUGUCUCCGUGCAUCUCGCCGGUGUAACCUGCCGCCGCUGCAUCCCUGAAACCCGGGUUAGCGGACCGGCCUGGACCGGGUCGUCUCGGUCGUAGCGGUUCAGUCCGCCUGGAGCAGCCGGAUCCACCGGAACACGGCACCGGGGGAAGAGCAGAAAGCCUCCAUAGCAACAAACCGGUUUCACGGCAUUAUUGUCAGUGAUGGAGGGAUGUUGAGGACGCUGGAAGACAACAUUUGACUGGGACAGAAACCCCAAAACAAACCAGGACUACAAACCAUCGUGCGAGGUCUAAAGCAGGACUGUUGGGACUCAGUGGGAUUGUACCAGGUCUGCACAACAGUGUACUGGAUUUAGAGCCAGAUCACUGGGACUACAGCUGGGUUACUGAGACAGCAGGAAGGUCACUGCGAGCACACGUCCACAUAAUCAAGUGGAGAGUAGACGUUUGCUGGGAUAACCGCUUGAAAUUAGGUUGUGGAACAAAUAUUUUUGGAGACAAUCGCUUAAAAUGAUAGGCUUCCCAUAACUGGACAGUCUGAGGUUUGGUGCCACUUGAGUAGUGUCCAUCUACAGCCGUCACAGCAUCAAAGCGGCCUUUAGCAAAACACUGAAACUUGACCUGAUCGAUCACUGUAAAUCACUGGAUUAAAACAUCAAUGAAAUACUUACAUUUUAGGAUUCUUCUAGUGGAGAAAGGACUGCUUUGGGUUCUGACAGUAUCUCUUUUGUUGGGUUUGUAGUUUGAGUAGGAUACCACUGGAUUUGCAACAGGGUUACCUGAUCUCCAGACGGAUCCUGUGAUUAUAUCUGCUAUAUUUUUUACUGGUAUUACACCUGGGUUACAGAAACUUCAGUUAAACUAAAGGUUCUACAGCAAGGACCAGAUACAGGUUAUCAGGGUCUACUUGUCUUCAAACUGGUUCAUCAGGCCAACUGGACUACAAUGCAUUUUAGAAGUCUGCAUGUUGAACGUUGCAGGGAUUACAGCUGAGUUUUGAGAAUCUAAAACCAUAUCUUGAGAACUACAACCAGAUUACUGUGUCUACAAAAAGGCUACUGGUGCUACAUCACUCUUAAUGGGAUUCUAAAAAUAUCCUGGUACUAGAAAAGUUACCAGCUACUGGGUCUACAAGUGAGUCACCAAGCUUACAAUACAUCUUAUCGGUACUACACAGCAAGUUCUUAAAACUAGAGCCAAGUUAUUCUCACUGUAGAAAACAGGUAACCAGGAUAAGAGUCACUGUUUUUCGCUGUUGGAAGAUGAAUCUUAUGUAGCAGGCUGUCUGUUGAACGCUACUGGACCAGUAUUCACCAUGUCUUUGAGUAAGACCCUCGAGCUGGAGCACUUUGAUGAACGCGACAAGGUUCGCCGGGGACGCUCCACCCGUACCAAGAGAGAUGACUCCGCCAGCAGCGCUGGAGGUGGGGGGUCUGGCCCCAGCUCCCGGGGCAGCAGCCUGGUCCCUAGCCCUGCCCACAGCGCCAACUGCAGCUACUACCGGACCCGAACCCUGCAGGCACUCACCUCGGAGAAACGGGCGAAAAAGGUCCGGUUCUAUCGCAAUGGAGACCGGUACUUCAAGGGUCUGGUGUACGCUGUUUCCAGUGACCGGUUCCGCUCCUACGAUGCACUACUCAUGGAGCUGACACGUUCAUUGUCGGAUAACCUGCAUCUGCCGCAAGGGGUGCGCACGAUCUACACUACAGACGGCAGCAAGAAGAUCACCAGUAUGGACGAGCUGGUGGAAGGUGAGUGCUACGUUUGUGCGUCCAACGAGCCCUACCGAAAGGUUGACUACACCAAGAUCGCCGUCCCGAGCUGGAAGCCUGGCGCCAGUGCCGGGACAGGCCCUGCGAACUCGAGUCGCCCCCCCACGGCGUCCGCGGGGGUGUCGGCGAGCACCGCUGUCGUCUCCAAAGAUCGUCCUGAAGGUCGUGAGGGCAGGGAGACCAAAGACUUUAUCAAGCCCAAGCUGGUGACGGUGAUCCGCAGCGGCGUGAAGCCUCGCAAGGCGGUGAGGAUCCUACUGAACAAGAAGACUGCUCACUCCUUCGAACAAGUGCUGGCCGACAUCACGGAGGCCAUCAAGCUGGACUCCGGAGCCGUGAAGAGGCUGUACACGCUGGACGGGAAACAGCUGACCUGUCUGCAGGAUUUCUUCGGGGAUGACGAUGUGUUCAUGGCGUGUGGGCCGGAGAAGUUUCGCUACGCUCAGGACGACUUUGUGCUCACACACACCAGCAAAACACCGGCUUUUGUUAACGAGUGCAGAGCCAAGGUAUCUCGCUCUCCCGCCCCUCCGAAAACUACAACCGCCAAGACUCCUAGCAGCUCCAGCUUCUCCUCCUCCAAGACUCCACCCAGAGGCCAGUCCAGAACAAAGUCUCCCGGCCCAGCCAACGAGGCCUCAGGAUCGCAGUCAGCUGGGAAGUCGUCCAGGUCCAGCCCCUCCCCCACCAGCCCCGGGACACGACGCAGCCUCAAGAUCUCUCCUCGACAUGCUUCCUCCACAGAUGUAAACGGAGAGGCCGAGCAGCCAGAUGACACUACUGUCGAAGUGAACGGUAAUCGCUCCGUUUCUUCCUCCAUCAUCAACGAGAAGUACCAAGUGGGUAAAGUGAUCGGAGAUGGAAACUUCGCCGUGGUGAAAGAGUGCGUGGAGAGGUCGACGGGACAGGAGUACGCUCUGAAGAUCAUUGACAAAGCUCGCUGCUGUGGGAAGGAGCAUCUGAUAGAAAAUGAAGUGGCGGUGCUGCGAAGGGUUCGACAUCCCAGCAUCAUCCAGUUAAUCGAGGUGGAUGAAACGCCCAGUCAGCUGUUCCUGGUGAUGGAGCUCGUCAAGGGUGGCGACCUGUUUGACGCCAUCACCUCCUCCACAAAGUACAGCGAGCGUGACGCCAGCGCCAUGGUGUUCAACCUGGCCGGAGCCAUCAAGUACCUGCACCGAAUGAACAUCGUCCACCGAGACAUCAAACCAGAGAACCUGCUGGUGUGUGAGUAUCCAGAUGGCACUAAGUCACUGAAGCUGGGUGACUUUGGUUUGGCGACGGUGGUGGAGGGGCCGCUGUACACUGUGUGCGGCACGCCGACGUAUGUUGCCCCGGAGAUCAUCGCUGAGACCGGCUAUGGUCUGAAGGUGGAUAUCUGGGCGGCAGGAGUGAUCACCUACAUCCUGCUGUGUGGAUUCCCUCCAUUUAGAAGUGAGAAUAAUAUCCAGGAGGAGUUGUUUGAUCAGAUCCUCAGAGGGAAGCUGGAGUUUCCGUCUCCAGACUGGGACACCGUCAGCCUGCCAGCCAAGAUGCUGAUUAGUCAGAUGCUGCAGGUGAACGUUGACACUCGUUUCACUGCCGAGGAGGUCUUGUCACACCCCUGGGUGACUGAUGAGGCUCCCGUAGACUCCAACACUGUGAGCAGCACUGAAGACCAGACCAGUGGAGACGCACUGGAACCGGAGCAGGAAUCCCCAAUUCUGGAAACCAAACAAGUUCCCUCACCUCUGGUCUAAAACACGCCCCCUUUCACUGAAUGGAAACCAAACAUAACACGGCUUGUUUGAUCUACCCAAAGGUUUCCCCGCCUCUGGUCUGAGUGGUUUUGAGUUCCCUCAAAUCUGGUUUAGAACUUUAGUCCUGUUUUUUCCAGUGAAAAGUAAAUGAGUUUCAGAACACCUCCCUGUUUCUUCUACUGGAAACUAAACCAGUUCCCUCACUUUUGGUCUAGAACACAUCCCCAUUCAUCUACUGACAACUGAGCAAGUUCCCUCAAAUCUGGUCUAGAGUCCAUCCUGUUUCAUCCACUGGAAACCAAACAAGUUCCCACAUCACUGGUCUAGAAAACGCCCCUUUUCUCAGCUGGAUACAGAACAAAUUCCCUCACCUGUGGACAAAAACUCGUCCUGUUUUUUCCACUUGAUUUACUGGAAACCAAACAAGUUCCCUUGCCUCUAGUCUAGAAUGGUUUUGUUGCUUCUACUCGACACCAAAUGAAUUUCCCUCUCAAUGGUCUUUUAAAGACUUUCUAUCUGGAAACUGAACAGGAUUCCUCACCUCACUUUAGUCUAGGACACAUGCCGUUUCCUCCACUGGAAACAAAUCAAGUUCUCCAUUGUUAUUUCCAAUUUAUCUCCUGGAAACUGUCCUCGCCUCUGGUCUAGACCAGCAUUUAAUCUACUGAAGACUUUCACAAGUCCCGUCUCUGCUGCUGUACUGGAAAGUAUUUACAUUCUCUUUGAUGAGCUCCAUUAAACGUCUAUUAUUAUUGGAAGUCAUAUUGGUCUAUAAGAGAGGUCCAGUUUUGUUUUGGCUAGACACUAAUGAAGUCACCUCACUGCUGCUUGAAGGACACACACCAUAUCAACACUGGGACACCAUUAAGGUGCUGUUGGACAUAUCCUGUUUAAUCACCCAGUGUCUCAUGGGACUGGACCCAUUUCCUGAAAAUGGCCCUUACCUCUGGUCUGAAUGACACUUAACUCAGAGGCUCUGAAAAUGGCCUCAAACCAUAUUCAUAGGGAAAUAAACAACUGAUUCAUUAACAAAC